AUGCCGGGGUGCACACGACUUCUCCCUGUUAUUGUGCUAAUUGACAGAGUGCGGUCGCUGCCGGAGUGGAGGCCUGCGGUGGUCCUGGCCGCCAUCGACUGCGCUGACGAGGCCAACCAACAAGUGUGUCUCGAUUUUGGGAUAACCGGCUUCCCCACGCUGAAGUUCUUCAGAGCUUUUAGCAAGAAGGCAGAGGAUGGGAUAAGGAUUACCAAAAUGAGCAGCACCGUUGAGGAUCUGCGCCAUGCCAUUAUCACCAACCUUGAGCAGAGCCUGGAUGCCUGGCCACCCGCCUGCCCUCCACUGGAGCCGGCAAGCGCGGAGGAAAUUCGCACCUUCUUCCAGAGGAACAAGGACAAGUACCUGGCACUGAUCUUUGAGAAGAGCAACUCCUUCGUGGGCAGAGAGGUGGCACUGGACAUGUUGCAGUACGAGAAUGUGGCAGUGAGGAGGGUGCUGAGCAGCGAGGAGGAGCUCGUGCAGAAGUUUGGAGUCACCACUUUCCCCUCUGGCUACCUGCUCCUCCGCAACGGCUCCUUCUCCCGCCUGCCCGUGCACAUAGAGGCACGCUCCUUCUACACCUACUACCUGCGCACGCUCUCGGGCGUCACCCGCGGCUCCUACAAGCUGAACACGACCAUCGGCGCUUCCAACGAGACCGGCGCGCCGCAGCCGAAGCAAGCUGACCGCUCCAAGCUGUACGUGGCCGACCUGGAGUCCACGCUGCACUACUCGCUGCGCGUGGAGGCCGUCCGCGCCGCCGCGCUCUCGGGAGACCAGCUGGCUGCCUUCAAGUGCUACGUGGCCCUGCUGGUGAAGUACUUCCCCGGGCGCCCCUACGUGCAGAGCUACCUGCAGUCCCUGGAUGGAUGGCUGAAGAACUGGACGGAGCCUGAGCUGCCCCGCAGCGACUUGAAGGAGGCCAUGAAGAAUAACAGAGAUCCCUCCCACCCCACCGUGCUCCCCACCAAUGUGACCUGGGUGGGCUGCCAGGGCAGCGAGCGCCACUUCCGCGGCUACCCCUGUGGGCUCUGGCUGCGGACCGUCCAGGCUGCCAAGAGCGCCCCCGACAAAGAGCUGCCGCUGGAGGUGCUGAGCGCCAUGCGCUGCUACGUCCGGCACUUCUUCGGCUGCCAGGAGUGUGAAAAGUGUGCUGAGCACUUUGAGGCCAUGGCAGCCAAGUCUAUGGACCAGGUGUCGGGCCGGGAUGAAGCCGUCCUCUGGCUCUGGUCCCAUCACAACGAGGUCAAUGCUCGCCUGGCGGGAGGUGACACAGAGGACCCCAAGUUCCCCAAGCUGCAGUGGCCUCCCCCGGACAUGUGUCCCCAGUGCCAUAAGGAGGAGCGGGGGCUGCACGCCUGGGACUUCCUCAAGGCACACUUCUCCCCGGCCAAUAUCUACCUGGACUAUGCCGAGGCUGACCCCGUCCCCGUGGCCCGGGAGGAGGCAGAUGUCAGGCUGGGCACCCAGAGCCCACGAGAGGAGAGGGAGGAAGAGGAGGAAAAGGAGGUGGAGGGUGAGAUGAGAGCUCCAGGGCGACCGGGCCCUCCUGAGCCGCGUCGGCCCAGCAUUGUGAGGUUAAACCCCAAGCUGCGGGAGGUGAGUGAAGACAUCGUGGACCUGGACUCCUUCAGCGACCAGCACUUCAAGAGCCAGGCGCUGCGG